CGCGAUCGGCGAAUACUGGUCAGACGCGUCUAAGCUCUCGGACGUUCCAGACGCGCUCUCAAGCUCAGCCCGAUCGGCGGUGAUCUGCCGGCGUCCAGCUCCCAGGAACGUAGCUGCUGCCCCAGGGAUGGCCACGCUGUCAGCCGUGUUGCUCUUGGCGGUGGCGGCGGCGAUUCCGCUGGCGGCUGUCGCCGAUGCACCCGCGGCAGCGAAUUCCAUCGGCGGGCCCAAGCACAACGGGGGCGUCGGCCUACAGCAGGUUGGGCCGCAGGCUCCUGGCGUCGGGCUACAGCAGGUCAAGCCGCAGGCUCCUCGCGUCGGUCUACAACAGGUAGGGCUGUCGCAGGCUGGCCAGGCUCCCGAUGUAGCGCUGCAGCGCAGCGGGCUGCCGCAAGCUGCCCAGGCUCCCAGCGUCGGGCUGCAGCAGGGCGGGCUACCGCAAGCCGCCCAGGCUCCCGGAACCCUAACGGGCGUCUAUCCUGGCGGCCAGCGGCAGAGCGCGGCCAGUUUGCGAGCCCUGUCAGCACACAAGGUUCGCGGUGGAAGGCGGGACGACUACGAGGAGGAAUACGACGACGACGACGACGACGAGAUCAUGGACGUCUCGGGCGCGGCGCGCCUCAAGAAGGACGAUAUGGAGAAGCUGCAGCCAUUCCUCAAGGACAUCGAGAAGCUCUACUCGCGCGGAUUCCGGCGCUCGCACAUGAUGCGCAGUAAGAAGAAUCGCGACGGCUGGCUUAGCAUGGUUCACAUGCAACGCCACGAAGACCAACAGCUCAUGGCCGGAGAAGCGAUGGACAAGAACGCUACCGUUGGGGGCGAAGUGCAGCCGUUCGUCAUCGUGGCAGGUCGUAAGCCGGUAAACAUUUCGGCUCUGCCCUACCUACUCAAGCAGCCCACACUCACCGUGCAAACGAGGGACCUGAGCCGUGACGACAAGGUAGCCUUUUACAUGUCCGUCUCAUUCGAAGACCAGGUGGCGUUCCAUUGGUACCUGAACGGCCGCCCGCUCGAAGAGUACGACAGCAUGCAGAUCCUGGACAUGAACGCUGCCGCAGAAGCCGGAAACAAAAGCACCCGCUCUCGCGUCUCGCAGAUCGAGAUAGAGCACCUUCUGAAGCUACCUACCAGCACAGGCAAGUAUGAAAUCAACUGCACCGCCACCGUGGACUACACGCAACACAGCCUGAAGUACGUCAUCGAGCCGCAGCUGACUGACGACUGCCCGCCAGCAAACUGCUACGACCGUCAUGCUAUCUGCAGGAACGGCAAGUGCGUCUGCGAUUCACCUUACCCGGUCAGGCUGAGCUCCGUGCACACUACUUGCCGAACUGAAUCGUUCCUGGAGACUCCCUGUCACCAUCACGAGCAAUGCCAGUACACUACCAACAACAGCGAAUGCCUUGAGCAGGGCUGGUGCGCCUGCAAGAGGAGCUUUGGACGUACGCCGCAGCACGUGUGCGUCAAGAAGAGUGGCGUCAACUCUCGCUGCGACAGCGACAACCAGUGCGCUGUCUACAACGCCACCUGCAUCCUUAGCCACUGCACUUGCAACUCGGACUCCAUGGAAGAGAAUGACCACUGCGUCGUCGUCAGUCGCUCCGUCAACCGACUGCACUCCAGCUCUACUGCCGUCCAGCCACGCUGGGCCGCUCUGGCUCUCGCGGGUUUCUUCGCCUUCGGAGGCUUCUGCGAGCUGCUCGUCUCGCGAGCCUGAGUCGCAAGCACAAAAUAAAUUCAUUUUUUU